UUACAGGCCACACCCAUCUAGUACAAUGGCUGAAAAAGACAAGAGACCAGAAGUGACCCCAUCUCUUACUGAGGGCGAGGGAGAGAGGGCGCUAGAAGAGGAAGGAGGAUCAGAGCUAAUGGAUGCUGUGGCACCAGAUGAUAGUAGUCCAGUGGAGGAGAGUAGUGGGUAUCAUGAGUCAGUGUGUGCAGAGAGGGAUAGACUGAAGGGAGAUCUAGACACACUGCAAGUCAAGGAGAGAUCAAUGACAGAAGUCACUAUAGAGCUGGAGCGCAAGUUGAUAAUUGGACAAGAUCGUAUUGAGGAAUUGACUGAUCAGUUAGAUGCCACACUCAAGAAACUGACUCACACAGAGACACAGCUAGAGGAGGUGACGAGUGGGAGUGCUGAUAUGGUACGGGAGAAAGAUGAGGUUGUCGGGAAACUAACACUUAUGGAGAGAGAACGAUGGAAACUGAUCAAUGACCUCACAACUGCUGAACAUAAGUUAAUGGAGGCAACAAAGGAGAGCGAGAAGCUUGGAUCUGUUGCUAAGAAACAGAAGACUGACUUGACUCGACUGCAGGGCAGCCUUAACAAGAGUGAUAAGAGUUGCUCUGAGUUGACUCGUGAAGUGGGUAAGUUACGUGAGGAAGUUAGCUCUCUGAGUAUCAAGUUCAAGUGGGCCCAGAACAAACUCAAGACUGAGACAGACGGACACAAGGACACCAAGGCAGCGUUGGCAGCCUCCACUAAGAAGCUGAAGGAGUCACGAGAGGAAGGAGAGCAGAUACGAGCAGACCUCAAGCGUAUGAUACACCAAUAUCAGGAGAGUGAGGAGAUGCAGUCCAAUUCUCUGGGCUUAAAGCUACAGAAGACUCAGAAAGAGCUUAAGGCACACGAACAAGAGAUAGCUGACCAACAAGAGCUACAUGAGCUGACGGUUAAAGAGCUGGACCUCACCAAAGCUUCCUAUAAGAUUGCUCAGCAAGAGGUUGCUCAGUACAAGAGCAAGGUGGUUGAAUUGACUGCACGGUCGAGUGCCCAGACUGGAGAGGUGGAGGAGUUGAAGAGAACUAUGGAAAAAAUAAAGUGUGAGCAAAACAAACUCUCCUCUGAGAAAACUGAACUGGAAGGAAUCAGUCAAACUCUUGAAUCAGAGCGGUCUAAGUUCAGUGCAUUACGAGAAGCCUUCACUAGCAUGCAGAAGAGCUGCCAGCAUCUUGAGAGGGAAGUUGGUAGACGAGGAGAGAGAGAGGCUCAACUGUUGACCUUUUCUGAGAAACUGUCCUCAGCCAAUGCAGAGCUAAAAGCUGAGCGAUCAGACAUGGAGGCCAAGGUGCUGUCUCUCACGAGUGAUUGCAGUGUGCUGACUACAGAGCUGGCUGCUGCCAGGGAGAGGGAAGAGGGACUACAAGAGAGGUUGUUAGCACUCACUGAGAGCAGCCAACUCGAGGUAGAGAGGCUUGUUCAACAAGUAGACAACAAGUCCAAGGCUGUUGAGGAGCUCAGUCUGUCACUGGAGGACGAGAGAGAGUUGGUAAAGGCAGCUCGUAAGAAGAACACUAGUAAUAUUCGUGAUCUACAAAGACAGCUGCAACAGUCCAAGAGACGUAUUGACCAGCUAGAGGCAAGUCUAGCAGCAGAGAGAGAAGCUCCUGCUACCCUACCAGUUACUGAUGGCUCUAGAGCAUCGUCUCACAACUCUCUCAAUGAGUUAGUACCUCAGAACAACAACCACACAGCAGUGACCACACUCACAGGGAGCACAUCAGAUGAGGAGAGAGGUGCUGCAUCACCCAGCCCUGAGCUACUAUUCCAGACCAUGGAUUCUGAGAAGCUUCUACUAGUAGAGAGAUUGUGUCGACACAAGAAAGAGCUGGCUAGACUUGAGGAAAAGAUAGAGUUCUUUGAGGAACACAUAUCACAACUCACUGAUGACAUUCAGAGGAAAUCAAAGAUUAUCCAGAGUUUCAUAUUGCGUGAGGAGAGCGGCACACUGGCUCCUGCCUCGUAUGAUGAGCACAAGGCGAGACACGUCAAGAAGGGGGGAGUCAUGGCAACCGUCUUCACUGGUGGAAAGGGCAAAGGUCAACGGGACACUGAAAUAACCUAUGAACUCUCACUAGAAAUAAAUCGCAAAAUGCAGUCAAUUUUAGAGGACACAUUACUCAAGAAUAUAACACUGAAGGAGAGCAUUGACACACUGGGCAGGGAGAUACAGAGACUGUCUGCACAGCUACAAGCCUAUGAGGCACACAGAAGAUAAUACCAACACACACAAUGGACAAUAUUCCACCCCCUUCAUUUCAUUAAUUUUGUAAUUAGCAAAAAAUCGUUUUUAUUCACGUGAAUAUCAUCAUUGUAUUCAA